AUGAAGAAUCCCUUUACUUUGCAUGUCAAAAAUCGAACCGUCAACUUCGAUCACAUUACGGAUCUUAGACUUCGAAGAAGCCGCGUUCUCGAUGCUCUCGAUCGAACACAUUUCCAGUGGCUCGUGGUGUUUGUAGCCGGUGUCGGCUUUUUGGCCGAUGGCUAUGAUAUCUACGCUGCCUCCCUAACGAUCCCCAUGAUCAACCACGUAUACUGGAAUAACAAUAUGCCCGCCAACAUACAAGCAUCACUCAAUGCCGCGACUCUCGUUGGAACAUUUAUAGGUCAACUCGGGUUCGGAGUCUUCGCAGACGUCUUUGGUCGAAAGUCCAUGUACGGUCUCGAGCUGCUCAUAAUCAUUGUCUCGACUGUCGGUAUCACAAUGUCUUCUCCGGGCGCUUUCGGCUCGAUGAACUUGCUAGGAUGGCUUAUAUCAUGGAGAGUGCUACUCGGUGUGGGAAUUGGUGGCGACUACCCUCUAAGUGCUGUGAUCACAUCCGAAUUUGCGCCUACAGCGAGUCGGAGUAGGAUGUUGGCGACUGUUUUUUUCAUGCAGCCGGUGGGAUACUUGCUUGCGACGCUUGUAUCUAUUGUCGCGCUAGCAGGAUACAAGUCCCAUCUUACCCAACUCAGCACAGAUGGCUAUGAUACGUGUGUGGAUGAUGACUGUUUGCGCGCACUGGAUAGUGUAUGGCGAUGGAUCAUUGGUUUCGGUACUAUACCGGCCGCAUUGGCCAUUUUUCUUCGGUUCAGUAUCCCGGAAAGCCCCCGGUACACAAUUGAGGUUUUGAAUCGGCCAGACGAAGCUUUGGAAGAUGUCAAUGAUAUGGACUUACCUACCGUAUCGUCGCCUACCCCAGCAGAAAUUUUUAACAAUAUCCCCGACAUGGAGAUGCAUCAUGAGGCGGAAGUUCCUGAAUUUAAUGAGGAUACCAUGCACGAACACGAACCCCAUUUGGCAGAGGAGCAUGCGCCGCCUGAUGUAAGGAGUUGGAUGUCAAGUCCCGGAUCUGCGAUGCUUCGCGGUGCAUCUUCGAGCAUCGUGGAUGAGGCAGGUAACCAUCAUGUAAACUCCGCGCAAUACCUCACAGCUGCCGGAGAAAUUCACAAUCCCACUUUUACUGGCAACCACGAAGCCUCUUAUACACAUGACCGACCGCCCUCAUCGGCUCUCAGUCCAACCAUGCUCAGCCGUCAGUCAUCGCAUGAGAGCUCCUCCGCCGAGAGCGAUGGGGCUGAUAUCGAGAACCGAAAUGUCUGGGCCAUCUAUCGCUCUGGCUUGAGCGACUAUCUUUGGACAAAGGGCUAUUGGGUUGUGCUCCUCGGCACAUCGCUUACAUGGUUCUGUUUCGAUUUUGCCUUCUAUGUCAUGGGCCCCAAUUCAUAUCAAGUCGUCACCAAGGUUUUCGAUACCGCCGGCGCUCCCCCGCAAGACGUCUACACUACUCUGAUGACGGAAUCGUGGCACUCACUAGUCAUUGUCUCCCUUGGGUCAAUUCUUGGAGGUGGAGCCAUGAUCUUCUUCGUAGGGCGCUUCUCACCACGCAUACUCCAACUGGUAGGCUUUCUGAUCGUGUUCAUCCUUUUCAUCGUCGUCGGUCUGGUAUUCCGCUUUCUGUCUGCGCCGUCUCGAACACCACUCGUUGUUUUCCUGUAUGUCAUUUCCAUGAUCUUCUUCCAAAUCGGUCCAAACUUCACGACUUAUAUCAUACCAUCCGAGUUAUUCCCAACUCAAUUACGUUGCACAGCCCUCGGCAUCUCUGCUGCAGCCGGCAAAGCAGCUGCCGUGAUUGUGCAGGUAUUUGCUUCACUAUCCAAACUGGGUCCGUACGGGGACUCAAACGAGUUCGGAUACGGCAUUAUUGUCUUUAGUGCUUUUAUGUUGAUUGGUGCCGCGCUUACGAAGUGGCUAACCCCAGAAACGUUGCAGGAUGGAAAGCCCGUGCCGCUGGAGAAGUUGGAGUAUAUCGGUCUGAAGUGGCCAAUUGGUGCUCCAAAAAACAAGAAUAAGGAGCAGAUAUCUCUGGAUCUGACUACUUUGGGAAGUCACAACGAUGGAACGGUUUCUAAUCAAUGA